AUGCUUGGGAAUGGAGAAAGGCCCAACUAUGUGACGGUGUUAAGCGUAAUACGGGCUGUUGGUGCAUUGGAUAUAUAUGAUUGGGAGGAUAUGCUGUUGGUAGUUCAUGAUCAAAAUGGGGUCCGAGUCAGAAGUCCAAACCAUGUGACCAUUGUAAGCAUUCUAUCUGCUUGUGCUGAUCUUGGUGUCUUGUCUUUAGGGAAAGAGAUACAUGGGUUUUCCAUAAAAGGGUGUUUUAUUGUCUAACAAAUGUUCAACUCACUUGCAGAUAUGUAUGCAAAAUGUAGGAAUCUUGAGACAUCAAUUCGAGUUUUUAAGGAUAUAUUGAAGAAGGACAUAAUAUCAUGGAGGACUAUAAUUCAAGGGUGUAUUGAGAAUGAGUGUCCAAAAAGGGGAUUGUAUAUUUUCUUAAAGAUGAGAUUGUCUUGCUUUCAACUGAAUGGAACCAUCAUCCGGGAUACGGUUAGGCUUGUAGCAUCCUCACAAGCAGAAGAGCAUAAAUUUGGUCUGGCAUUUCAUUGCUACACUGAAAGUGGUUUCCUGGCUUUUGUUUCAGUUGGAACUGUACUUACGCAAAUGUACAUUAAAUUUGGUGAGGAGGAGUCAGCUAGGACUAUAUUUGAUCAGCUCAAUCACAAAGACCUCAUAACUUGGAGUGCCAUGAUCUCUGCAUAUGGUCAAGGCAGGAAUCCUCAUAAUGCUUUGGAUACAUUUAAACAGAUGCAAUCCAUGAAUGAGAAGCCCCAUGAGAUUAAUUUUGUCAGUUUAAUAGUACUACAAGCAUGUUCUUCAAUGGGAUCUCAAGAGCUUGGGCAAAGCAUCCACGCUCAUGUAAUAAAAGCUGGUUACUCACUGAAUGCAAAUUUAAAAUCAGCCUUCGUUGACUUAUACUGCAAAUUUGGAAGGAUAAAGCAAGGAAAGGCUCUUUUUGAUGAACUUCCCACCAAAGAUCUAUAUAUAUGUUGGAGUUCAAUGAUCAAAGGGUAUGGAAUGAAUGGGUGUGGAACUGUCGCACUAUAAACAUUCUCAAGCAUGUUGGACUGUGGAAUGCCCAAUGAUAUUGUCUUUAUAUCUGUAAUAUCUGCUUGUAGUCAGUGCGGGCUAGAAUAUGAAGGUCGGAGCUGGUUUCAUUCUAUGGAGGCUAUGUGUGGCAUUACCAUUACCCCCAAACUUCCAGACUAUGCUCGCAUGGUGGAUUUGCUCAGUCGCCAUGGAAAUAUAAAAGAAGCUCUUGAAUUUGUAAGAGAAAUGCCAGAGGAGCCUGAUAAAAGAAUUUGGGGAGUUCUUCUUGCGCGUAGUAGAUCAACAUGCAAAUCUACUGAGAUUGCAGAGUUUGUGAUUGAACGGCUUGUUACUCAGGAUCCACAUGAUACUAGCCAUUAUGUGAUUUUGUCAGAACAGGGUAGAUGGGAAGAUGCGGAAAGACUGGCUAAAUUGGUGGGUGAAAAGGGACCCUCUGAAUCGCCUUACAUUCUAUACACACACAUGGGAGGAGGAAUCCUUGAAGUACUUCUUGUUAAUGCUGAAGGCAUUACACACACAAAUCUUGUUGGAACACCAUCCUAUUACGUCAAUAUCGAAUGUGGAACUCAAGUACAUAGAAGCAAAGUAUCAUCAGGUGAAGAUGAUAAUGCUUGGUGGAAUGAGAAAUUCUUCUUUGAAUUCCCAUUGUCUGGUUGGAAAAACUUGACCCAUCUUAAACUAACAAUAAUGGAAACUGAAUUCCUCACAGAUGGAGGAUUUGUUGGUGGAACCAUAAUUCACCUUGGUGGAAUAAUUACAGAGGGCAGUGACAGCGGUUUCCUUGAAGUAAAACCGGCUCCAUACAACGUGGUGCUUGAAGAUGACACCUACAAAGGCCAGAUAAAGAUCGGAUUUAAGUUCAUUGCAAAUGUAAGAAUGAGUAUACAUAUAAUUCGUGUGAUUGAUUUAGCAUUUAUAAUUAAGCAGAUUAGAGUGCUAAUUAAACAGAUUACAGCCACUAAACUUAUUGCAGAAAGAAGUGCCUGCAAUCGAGACAAGAGGACACAUUGA